AUGAAUUUAUUUGUAGUCAAGCAGAAGAAAAUUCUUCAGGUUUUCUGGACUCUGAUAGACGCGGGAGACGACAGCAGCAACAUUACACAGAGUGAUGACACGUGGAUUGCUUGUCGUGUUGAAGACACCGGGUUUAAUGAAAUUCCAUUUCUUUUAAAACCUGGUUAUCAGCCACCAAGAGACUUGAUGGCAAAUUUCAUGCCAUAUACAAUAGCAAUGUCACAACAAAAAAGAAUGAGAAGUGAAACUUCAUCAGAUCACAAAGUUUGGAAGAAGUGGCUCGAUGAGUUAUUGGAUGAAGAGGAAGAAAGCACUUCCGAAGAAUCUGAUUCAGAUGAGAUUGAUCACCUAUCUGAAAGUGAGCAUAAUACUGAUUCAGAGUAGUCAGCAGACGAAGACAGCGAGUCUGAGGGUGAGCCACAAAAUUCAUUUUAUAUCGGGAAAGAUGGAAAAACAAAGUGAAUGACCAGUUUGCCUAAAAAAAAUUCUAAAACUCGUGCAGAAAAUAUAAUAAAGAAGCUUCCUGGUUCACAAGGAUUAGCCUCGAAGAUGAGCUCAGAAAUAAAAUUACACAAGCUCUUUUUUGAUAGUAAUAUUUAUGAUAUAAUUGUACAGUCAACAAAUGUUUACAUAGACAAUCUGAAAUGUAAAUAUUCACGUGAAAGAGAUGUCAGGCCUACAGAUGAAACAGAACUUCGAGUUUAUG